AUGCCAAGGAUCUGGUGCAUUUUGCUCCUUGGUGGCUGGCUGGCAGUGUCACAAAGCGCCAGUGGACCGGGGGCCGUCCUUAGGAUGGAUAUUGGGACAAUCGACCGUGCGGUCUCCACUGCGCUGAAUGAGAGCAAUGUUCUUCAGAAACUGGUGGAGGAAGCAGCAAAAAAAAAGCCGAACAUGAAACCCAUCAAAGGCAUCUCCAGGCUGAAAGUGAUAGACCUCCAUCCCCCGGUGAUAUCGCUGACACUCUCACCAGGCGUGGGGCUGUUCAUGGCCGUGCUGGUCCAGAUGACCAUCACUGGGAGAAGCUUUAUAGGAGGAAACAUGGAAAUCAAGGUGGCAGCAAACCUGACCGCCAGCGCGCGGCUGGCACAGGACACCCAGAGCUGCCCGUGGUUCAGCACCGAGAGCUGCCACAUCGCCCUGCUCAGCGCCAAAACCAACCUGCCCAGCAGCAUGCUGCCCCAAGUCAUGAGCAAGUUUCUGGACAGCACCCUUCAGAAAGUGCUGCCCAGCCUGCUGUGUCCGGCCGUGGACGCGGUGCUCAACCUCGUGAAUGCAAAAUUCACCACCAUGACUUCUGCGAUCCCUCUUGGCACUGCUGGCACCCUCCGAUACGUGUUGCUGAACCCACCUGUGACGAGCGAAAAUUUCAUACAGCUGGAUUUGAGGACCAUCCUCCACGAAAAAGAGGGAGAGGAGGUCGACCUUCCAGCAGACCAGCCGUCUCUUACUUCUCUGCCACCAAAGAGGGAGGCUGCUACCCAGCUCAUCCUGUCUGCAGGCUUCUUGAGUGCUGAGCUCUUUGUUAUGCAGGCGUCCUUCAGCCUGAACAUCAGCAAUAACAUGAUUCUUGGGCUUCCCCCGCUGGUGACCACGACGCUUGGAGCCCUCAUCCCAGAGCUUUCCAUGGUGCUGCCUCCAUCACAGCCGCUGGUGAUUGAAAUGAGAGAAGCAAAUCCACCGCUAGUGACAAUAACCCCAGACAAAAGCAUUGUGCACCUCUUCAGCACUGCCGAGUUUCGGGUUUCCAGCCCAGACUCUGAUCUUGGAUCCCUCUUUGUCCUGGAUGUGCACUCCGACCUGAGAGCGCAGUUUGCUGUUGUGGAAGAGAGGCUGCAGCUCUCCCUUGCUCUGGACAGCUUGUCCCAGGUGGCCUUGGCAUCCUCCUCCAUCGGCAUGUUUGACGAGCUGCCGCUGAAAGGAGUUCUCGCAGACAUUAUUCAUGUGGCCUACGUGCCAUCCAUCAACAGGGCGCUGCGAGGAGGGGUCCCGCUGCCCCCACUGCUGGGCACCCCAUACCGGCAGGUGGAGGUCGGCCGGCUGCAGAAUGGGCUCGUGCUGGAUGUGCCUGUCGCGGUGAUCUGA